AUGUCUCUUCUUCGGCAAGCGCUACAGGAUUUAGGCACCCUCCUUUUACCAGAGAUUGUGACCAUAGCAGACAUUGGAUGUUCCUCUGGGCCAGACACUACUUUAUUUGCAAUUACUGAAAUCACAAGUGCGAUUUCCGAAAGAUGCCGAGAGCUUGGUCGAGCAACCCCUGAAUUUCUUGUGUAUUUGAAUGAUCUUCAUGCAAUUGAUUUCAACAGAGUGUUCAAGUGUUUGCCAGAUUUCAACAAGAAGAUGCAGGAACAGCAUGGGCCUAUAUAUAUUUGCGGUGUUCCUGGGUCUUUCUAUGGGCGGAUUUUUCCAACACAAAGCCUGCAUUUUGUGCACUGUUCUUCUAGCCUCCAUUGGCUUUCCCAGGUACCUCCGGAAUUGUGUGACAAAGUAAAUCCAUUGAUAAACAAAGGGAAGAUAUUCAUUUCAAAAACAAGUCCACCUAGUGUCAUAGACGCUUAUAAGUAUCAGUUUGAGAGGGAUUUUUCUUCAUUUCUCAAGUCUCGCUCAAAAGAAGUAGUCUCUGGAGGCCGCAUGGUUUUUUCAUUGAAAGCCAGGAGAACAGAUGAUCCAACCCCAGAUGAAAGCUGUCUUCUUUGGGAUUACUUGGGAGAGGCAUUCCAGGAUUUAGUUGCUGAGGGGCUGAUCGAAGAGAAAAAGUUUGAUACGUACAAUACGCCAUACUAUGAACCAUACACAGAAGACGUAAAAGCAGAGAUAAAGAAGGAAGGAUCCUUCAUCCUUGAUCAUCUGAAGAUUACUGCAAUACCAUGGGAUGGUGCCAAUGGUGGAAACAAGUAUGACAGGACAAAAACAGCUGAAAUUAUGGGAAAGAUGAUAAGAGCAUUUAAUGAAUCGGUGAUUCAGAGCCAUUUUGGGUCUGAAAUUAUGGAUCGUUUAUUUCAAAGGUUCACUGAAAUCGUAGCCGCAGAUACAAAAGAAGUUGAACAUAUUGGUGCUGUUUUUUCUCUGAUUAGAAAAAGUCAUUGA